AUGAAGUAUCUUCGCAAAGUGUACCAUUUUGCCAAAGCUGGUGGAAGUAGCUUCAUGGAUUCAGAAGUUGUGGAAGGGAGAAAAAGACUGCAGUUACGGGCUGAAUAUGCUGAUUUAACUUUUCCUGCAGACAGACAGGCAUUUACUGUGCAGCUGCUGAUGACAUGCGUGGAUGUGAAGGUAGAUGAAAACAGGGGCUUCAGGGAACGGCGUUUGCAACGGUACAAAAUUUUCAGGCAGCCAUCAGUUAAACAAAUAAACAGCAAAGAAGGAGUGGCUAUGAUAGACACAGUUCUCGUGUCUAAACUCUUGGGAAGGAAAGACAGUGGGAACAUCGCUGUCAUCCCAGCAAGCACGGCCAUCCGCUGUACACUGGUAAAUUGCACAUGUGAAUGUUUUCAGCCAGGGAAGAUUAACCUGAGAACCUGUGAUCAGUGUAAACAUGGCUGGGUAGCACAUGCCUUGGACAAGCUUAGUACUCAGCACCUCUACCACCCAACACAAGUGGAGAUUGUGCAGUCCAAUGUUGUGUUUGACAUCAGCAGCCUGAUGCUCUACGGUACUCAGGCUGUGCCUGUGAGACUGAAGAUACUACUCGACCGACUCUUCAGUGUACUGAAGCAAGAGGAGGUGUUGCAUAUUCUGCAUGGCUUAGGCUGGACACUUCGAGACUAUGUUCGAGGCUACAUCCUUCAGGAUGCUGCAGGCAAGGUGCUGGACCGCUGGGCCAUCAUGUCCAGGGAAGAAGAGAUCAUUACCCUUCAGCAGUUCCUGAGAUUUGGAGAAACCAAAUCCAUUGUGGAGCUGAUGGCAAUUCAAGAAAAAGAAGGGCAGGCUGUGGCUGUGCCGUCUUCAAAGACAGAUUCAGAUAUAAGGACUUUUAUUGAAAGCAAUAAUCGCACCAGGAGCCCAAGUCUCCUUGCUCACCUGGAGAAUAGCAACCCUUCCAGCAUUCAUCAUUUUGAAAACAUCCCGAAUAGCCUUGCAUUCUUGCUUCCAUUCCAGUACAUAAAUCCAGUCUCUGCUCCACUGUUGGGGCUGCCUCCAAAUGGCCUCCUGCUGGAACAGCCAGCAAUGAGGCUCCGUGAACCAAGCCUUACAACCCAAAAUGAAUACAAUGAAAGCAGUGAAUCUGAAGUUUCCCCUACGCCUUUCAAGAAGAAGGGGCAAACACCCAGGAGGAAUGCUUUGACCAGCAUCACAAAUGUGGAGCCCAAAACUGAGCCAGCCUGCGUCUCUCCUGUUCAGACGCCUACGCCUGUCAAUGAUUUAUCGAAAACGGAACACACGAAAAGCUCUUUCCGCAUUCACAGAAUGAGGAGGAUGGGGUCAGCCUCCAGGAAAGGAAGAGUGUUUUGCAAUGCAUGUGGCAAAACUUUCUAUGACAAAGGUACCCUUAAAAUCCACUACAAUGCCGUUCACCUGAAAAUCAAACACCGGUGCACUAUUGAGGGCUGCAACAUGGUGUUCAGCUCUCUCAGAAGCCGCAAUCGCCACAGUGCUAACCCCAACCCCCGCCUUCACAUGCCUAUGCUAAGGAAUAACCGUGACAAAGAUCUAAUUCGUGCUACAUCGGGUGCCGCCACUCCAGUCAUAGCAAGUACAAAGUCCAACCUAACUUUAACAAGCCCAGGGCGUCCACCAAUGGGGUUUACCACUCCCCCUCUAGAUCCCGUACUACAGAACCCUCUUCCCAGUCAGCUGGUGUUCCCAGCUUUAAAGACUGUCCAACCUGUUCCUCCUUUUUACAGAAAUUUACUUAAUCCUGGAGAGAUGGUGAGUCCUCCAACCUCACUCCCUACCAGUCCAAUAAUACCAGCAGUGAGUGGCAUGGAGCAGCAUCCCCCUCCUCCUUCAGAGUCAUCAGUACCUUCAGUGCUGAUGCCCACCCCAGAGCCUAAUGCUGACCUUGCCCCCAAGAAGAAGCCAAGGAAAUCGAGCAUGCCAGUUAAAAUUGAAAAGGAAGUUAUUGAUACUGCUGAUGAGUUUGAUGAUGAAGACGAAGAGGUGAAUGACAGCAGCACAAUGGUGAAUGACAUUGGUCAUGACAAUCACUGCCAUUCUCAGGAGGAAAUGAGCCCAGGCUUGUCCGUAAAAGACUUUUCGAAAAGUGACAGAAGCAGAUGCAUUUCCAGACCAGACAUAAGAAGGGCAGACAGCAUGACAUCAGAAGACCAGGAGCACGAGAGAGACUAUGAAAAUGAGUCAGAGUCAUCAGAACCCAAACUGUGUGAAGAAUCCAUGGAAGGUGAUGAUCGUCUCCACGAACCUGGUGAAAAAUCUAUGAUGCACAGUGACAGACCAGAUGAAAACCACAAUGACUCUUCCAAUCAGGAUGUCAUUAAGGUGAAGGAAGAGUAUACAGACCCUACAUACGAUAUGUUCUACAUGAGCCAAUAUGGACUGUACAAUGGAGGCAGUGCCAGUAUGGCUGCCCUUCAUGAAAGUUUCGCUUCUACAUUCAACUACAGCAGCCCUCAGAAGUUCUCGCCAGAAGGUGAAAUGUGCUCCAGCCCAGAUCCCAAGAUCUGCUAUGUGUGCAAGAAAAGUUUCAAGAGUUCUUACAGUGUGAAGCUUCACUACAGAAAUGUUCAUUUAAAAGAGAUGCAUGUCUGCACAGUGGCUGGCUGUAACGCUGCGUUCCCGUCACGGAGAAGCAGAGACAGGUCAGUAAAUAUUAAUUGA